AAAAGGACCAGACUUCGUUGAGCUGUGUCUAUAAAAUCCAGAGAAGCAAUGCCCUCAAGCUUCUCCAUCAUCAAAUUAAAACCCUCCAGCCUCCAACAACAAAAUUUACCAACACUCUCUCUUUCUCUUUCUCUCUGAAAACUUAAAACGAUGGCUAUAACCGCCACUCAAAACGACGGCGUUUCACUAAACGCCAAUAAGAUUUCGUAUGAUCUUGUGGAAACUGAUGUUGAGAUCAUCACCUCCGGUCGUCGUAGUAUUCCGGCACACUCCGGCAUCCUCGCUUCGGUCUCACCGGUACUGACGAACAUCAUCGAGAAGCCGAGGAAGAUUCACGGCGGAUCAUCGAAGAAAGUUAUUAAGAUUCUCGGUGUUCCAUGCGACGCCGUUUCAGUCUUCGUCAGAUUCCUCUAUUCUCCGAGGUUCGUCUUUCUCUCUUUUUCAUAUCUUCUUGAUCGUCAGAUUUUUUUUUUUAAUCCGUAGAUUUAUUACUUCAAAAAUACAAAUCAUACUAAAAAGAAUGCUUGAUUAAAUACAUCAUCUUAAAGAUCUUUACCAAACUCGACUUUUCCAACGUUUUAAUCAUACAUUAAAAUCACUACAACCAGAUUGCGAUUGAUUUAGACUUGUUUCAUAUUCAAAAACGUGUGAAACACAACACAAGGAACACGAAACUAGUACCAACAUCAAAUUUGAAUAAAUCAACGGCAAAUUUUACCCUUAGUAUGCAAAAUGACUAGAAUACCCCUAUAUGUAUCUUUUGUUUAGUGUCACGGAGAAUGAGAUGGAAAAAUACGGAAUCCAUCUACUGGCUUUAUCACACGUGUAUAUGGUGACUCAGUUAAAGCAACGGUGCACUAAAGGCGUCGGUGAGAGAGUAACCGCCGAAAACGUUGUCGAUAUUCUCCAGCUGGCUCGUCUCUGCGACGCACCUGACCUCUGUCUCAAGUGUAUGCGAUUCAUUCACUACAAGUUCAAGACCGUUGAACAGACAGAAGGAUGGAAGUUUCUUCAAGAACACGAUCCUUUUCUUGAACUUGACAUUCUCCAAUUCAUCGACGAUGCAGAAUCGAGGAAGAAAAGAAGAAGGAGACACAGACGAGAACAGAAUCUGUAUUUGCAGCUGAGUGAAGCCAUGGAAUGUAUAGAACACAUAUGCACCGAAGGUUGCACACUGGUCGGACCAUCGUCUAACUUAGACAACAAGUCAACAUGUCAAGCAAAACCCGGUCCAUGCAGUGCGUUUUCGACUUGUUACGGACUUCAACUUCUUAUACGUCACUUUGCAGUAUGCAAGAAAAGAGUCGAUGGCAAAGGUUGUGUCCGAUGCAAGAGAAUGAUUCAACUCCUUAGACUCCAUUCUUCGAUUUGUGACCAAUCUGAAUCUUGCCGUGUCCCUCUUUGCAGGCAAUAUAAGAAUAGAGGUGAAAAGGACAAGAAAAUGGUUGAGGACACGAAGUGGAAGGUUCUGGUGAGAAGAGUAGCGUCUGCUAAAGCCAUGUCUUCGUUGUCUCAAUCAAAGAAGAAAAAAAGUGAAGUGUUAUUUAAAGAAGAAGCAGAAGAUUUGAUCAGAAUCCGGAACAAGUUAAUGUGAAUAUACAAUAUAUGUGUUUUUAUUAGAUUAUAUAGUGAGCGAUUGUUAGAAGCCAUUAAUUACUUGAGUCGGAAGGUUUAUUUGUUUGUUAUUUGUCUCUCGGACUGGUUGAUUGGGUUAAACUUGUCAAUGAGUAACCCUUUGAAUCUGUCGUUUUGUUUGGUCGGUCGAAUUAUAUAGAAAUGUAUUAUUGGUUAUAAAAUGGUAUUAGGGUUUUUGGAGACUUUGUGGCAAAAAGUAUACAGAUUGAUCCGGUUUAAACUAGCUAACG